AUGACAAUAACCGAAACACCAAAAUCCACCACCCCAACAGCCACCACCAUCACAACCGUGACCAUCACGCCACCUGUUAAACCGGUGGUUCGAAGAUUCGUUGGAGUCAGACAACGGCCAUCGGGAAGAUGGGUGGCUGAAAUUAAGGAUUCAUCUCAACGUGUUAGGUUAUGGCUAGGGACUUAUGAUACACCAGAAGAGGCAGCUCGAGCCUAUGAUGAAGCGGCUCGAGCCCUACGCGGAGAAAACGCACGAACCAACUUUGCGCUUCCUCCGGCUAGCCCUAACGUCAGUUCCGGUUCACCCCUAAGCGAACCAGAUGUGAAGCAAUAUGGGCUUAGCUUUUCUUCAUUGAAGGCAAAGAUGAGCAAGAAUUUACAAAGCAUCAUGGCAAGAUCAAAAGACAAUAAGUCAACGAAAAGUAGAGUGAGUGAUCACUUCACUUUUGCUAGUAUUUUCCACUUCAAGAGCAAGAAUUCUUCAAUGGACAUGAAGAACAUUGAGAAAGUUGUGUUGCCAAGUAUUGUUGUGCCUCCUGUGGUUGAUGAGACCACUUGUAAUUGGGAGAGCUCAAGUGUGGUGUCAACUGAUAGUAGUGACUGUCUAGGGUUCUUGCAGCCGGGGUUCGAUUCGGACGGGUCGGAUAUGGAUCAAAUGAUGGGUUGGAUGAGCAGCCCGGAUGUUAUGAGUGGUUGUGAAGGUGGUGAUCCGGGUUCAAGGAGCAAGAGGUUUAAGGUGUCUUCUUCUAUUUUGGUGCAUCCAACGUUUAGUGUGCCUCCUAAUAAUUAUGAUGGUGGUCAUCAAAACUAA